AUGUCAAAGAGAAGCUAUAAUUUUCCUUCAUCAACAUCAACACCCGGUAGAUCAGUAGCAGUAGAUGUUAACGGUAUUUUGGACAGAACCCCCCUUUCAAACAUUUCUAAUGUAAUUGACACCGGAGAAAGGCGUAGAGUUCGAAAAGCAAUAAUUGAUAGUAAAAAGGCAAAGAGAAAAUCUUCAAAUAAGAAGGUUGGCGUCACCUUACGAGACAAAGAAAACUUAUCUCAGGUGUCGAAUGUUACGAAUCAUUUAAAUACUCCUAUCCAGUUAAAUAGAAGUAUAAAUUCUACGUCAUCCUUACUUAAUAUUACUUCUGCAAAUAAUAAUAUAGAUAAUAAUCAUGGGACGUCAUCUACUCCUACGAUUUAUUCAUUUAAUUCAAGUAUCGUGACACCUACAAAUCCAUGUACAACAUCCAACAAAUCAUCACUUAGUAAGUUAUCAAAAGGUAAGCGCAAAUUGAAGCACAUGGCACGUGACAUAACCCCAAUAGUUAUGGUUGAUUUGGAUUCUGUUGACGAAUCCAACGAAGAAGUUUUUGUGUUGGAUCCUUAUAAAGGAAUUUCAUCAGACUAUUUAGAUCAUGGUGACCAGGAUCUUAUAUGUCAGAUUUGUUAUGCAAAGCUGUGGUCUUCUGAAGGUGGUAAAGGUCGUAUAACAAUGGAUAAACUAUGUUAUGGUUUGUGUUGUGGAUAUGGUAAAGUUGAGCUACCAGUAUUAAAAGAUGCUAAUUCUGAGUAUCAACAGUUGUUUCAUAAUUGUGAUACGAAAAGCAAGUUCUUCUUGAAGAAUAUCCGACGUUAUAAUUCUAUGUUCUCUUUUACAUCUAUGGGUGGAAAGGUUGAUUCGAAGAUUAACAAGGGUAAUGCCCCAUUCAUAUACCGUAUUAGUGGUCAAAAUUGUCAUAGUCUUGGUAGCUUAAGACCUCCUAAUGGUAAACAAGCUAAGUUUUCUCAACUAUACAUAUAUGAUACUGAGAACGAGAUUUCUAACAGACAAAGUGUAUUGGGGAAUCAAUUAUCUUCUCGUGAUAAGGAGUUGGAUGUUGAAAUAAUUGAAUACAUCAGAGUUUUUUUAGAUUCUCAUAACGAGUUGGUUAAAUCGUACAGAAUGGUAAGAAACCACUUUCAUGAAAAUCCUCAAGCAAACUUGAAGCUCCGUCUAAUUUACAAAAGGGACAAAGAUGGUAGGACUUAUAAUCUACCAUCCACGAAUGAGAUCGCUGCACUGAUUGUUGAUGAUUUAGAUCCAUCAAUUGAUCGUCGAGACAUUUUAGUUGAAACUGAAUCUGAAUCGACAUUCCUCAUAGAGAAGGUGUAA